UCCACAGUACUACACUAACACUAAAGCACAGCUUCUCGAUCUUACAAAGUAAUGGAAAACAUCACGUCUAACAGUACAACUACUUCCUCUGAGUUCACUUCACGAGUGGGGGUGUGGUACUGGAUUCUAAGGGGUCUGCUUGGUUUGAUCAUUUUGGCGGGAAACACUCCUGUCAUCUAUGUCAUUGUCAGGUGUCACACACUCCAGAAGGCAGCUAAUUGGUUUAUUCUGUCAUUGUCGCUGGCGGACCUUUUUGUUGGGAUUUUCUUGAUCCCUGUUUCUUCCGCAUGUGCUCUAUGGACGAAAACCUGUAACUUCUAUGUCUUGAGAAGAAGUUUCGACCUUCUGCUCUUUGUCUCCAUAGGCAACAUGUGUGCGAUGACCGCUGACCGGUAUCUCUUCGUGGUGAAGCCGCUGACCUAUCAGCAGAACAUGACGAAUUCUCGCGUUUUACUGUGGAUAUUAACCGCAUGGAUCAUACCGAUUAUCAGUUCUCUCGUUCCUUUCGCGUGGAAAUUCUCUAACACGUCGGUAGAUCCAAUUAAAGCCUCUAGAAUAUAUGGCACACUGCAAACCAUCUUCUUCAACCUCCUUCCUUGCGCCGUGAUGUUGCUUAUCUACGGACAUAUUUUCUCCAUUUCCAGAAGGCAUUCGAGGCAGAUUCGCGCCCUUGCGAAGAAUCAACAUUUAACGCACGCAAACAGGUUCAAUUCCCCGCCGCAAAGGGUGGAAAGGUCUGCAACGAGGGUCUUUGGUCUGGUUGUAUUAAUUUUUGUGCUAUGUUGGAUGCUCUCGGCGUACAGGAAUCUCUGUGGCUAUUUUUCUUUACCAUGCCAAGUUACUUUUGAGGUUGUUUUGACAUCUCGGCUUCUCAUGAUCACAAAUUCAGCCAUUAACCCUUUUAUUUAUGCUUUACUGAAGGAAGAUAUAAAGCAAGAAGUGAAGAAGAUGUGUUGUGGACGUAAAACCAGAACUGCGUGUGUAAAUUCACGCAUUCCAUCUGUUUACAAUCACAGAAAGAGGGGUGAUCUUUCUGACAAUUUGUCAGUUGUUAUACGCGAAAACUAAGAGUCGAGAAACGUUGAAAGGACACAGCCCUUAGUGUAUUUUAACUCUGAUUUCCCAAAGAUAAAAACUACUGGAUGAAUUUGGACUUCACUCCUGAUUUUGACGAUAUAGUCGCGCAAAAACAGACUUGAUCAAGCAGUGCUUGUUGCCAUAGAAAUACAGUCGUCUACAAAAGUGACUCUGAGCUUGUUCAAGGAUAGAAUACCCUUUUCAAGUUUCGUACAUCGUGUUCUCCGUUUUCCCAGAGGUUUCAUUUCCUCGUCAGGAACAUCCUUUAUCAGUCCAUACUAAAAACACACAAACAACAACAACAAAAAAAAACUAAAAAAACACCUAAUAGACUUCGACUGUGAGAGACGAAAUUGAAGCUCUAAGUAAGAAAAAUAUGAAGUGUUCUAAACAUGUAAAAAAUUAUUUCCACCGGGGAAGGCCCUCCG